AUGAUCCCCGGCGCAGGCCCCUGGGGCUGCUGCCUGCUCGCGCUGCUCUGCCUUCUCCCCUGCCCGCGGGUCAGGGCGGGCAGGGAUGCCGCAGGACCGGCGCUCUCCGCAGACUCCUUCCUGCAGGAUCUCCUCCAGCGGUACGGCGAGAGCGAAACCCUCAGCCUGAAGCAGCUCAAGGACAUGAUGAACCGGCUGGGCGUGGGAGUGGAAAAAAAAAAACUCUCAAGGCACGUGCCUGUCUCUUCCCUUUCCCAGUGCUUCAGCUCCGUCGAGCUUUUUGCCAUCCACAACCUGAGCGAGGGCUCCGCCGUGGGGCACCGUGAGUUCAAGGAGUUUUGCCCCACCAUCCUGCAGCAGCUGGAAUCUGGGGCGUGCGCCUCCGAGAACAUGGAAAAUGAGGAAAAUGAGCAGACGGAGGAGAGCAGACCCAGCUCGGCCGAAGUCUGGGGUUACGGUUUCCUCUGCGUGACCGUCAUCUCCCUCUGCUCGCUGGUGGGAGCCAGCGUGGUGCCCUUCAUGAAGAAGACCUUUUACAAGCGGCUGCUCCUCUACUUCAUAGCUCUGGCGAUUGGAACUCUCUACUCCAACGCCCUCUUCCAGCUCAUUCCCGAGGCGUUUGGAUUCAACCCUCAAGAAGCUUACUACGUUUCCAAGUCCGCCGUGGUGUUUGGGGGCUUCUACCUCUUCUUCUUCACCGAGAAGGUCCUGAAGAUGCUCCUGAAGCAGAAGGACCAGCAUCACCACGGGCACAGCCACUACGGCCCCGAAGCUCUGCCCUCCAAGAAGGACCAGGAGGAGGGGGUCACCGAGAAGCUGCAGAAUGGGGACCUGGACCACAUGAUCCCGCACAUAACCAGCGAGCUGGAGUGCAAGACCCCCUCCGGGGAUGAGAAGGUUGUGGUGGGCUCCCUCUCUGUCCAGGACCUGCAGGCCUCCCAGAGCGCAUGUUACUGGCUGAAGGAGGUGCGAUACUCCGACAUCGGCACGCUGGCGUGGAUGAUCACCCUCAGCGACGGCCUCCACAACUUCAUCGACGGGUUGGCCAUCGGGGCCUCCUUCACCGUCUCCGUCUUCCAAGGGAUCAGCACCUCCGUGGCCAUCCUCUGCGAGGAGUUCCCGCACGAGCUGGGGGACUUUGUCAUCUUGCUGAACGCCGGGAUGACCAUCCGCCAAGCGCUCUUCUUCAACUUCAUCUCCGCCUGCUGCUGCUACGUGGGCUUGGCCUUCGGCAUUGUGGCCGGCAGCCACUUCUCUGCCAACUGGAUCUUCGCUCUGGCCGGAGGGAUGUUUCUGUACAUCGCACUGGCUGACAUGUUCCCCGAAAUGAAUGAGGUCAGCCAGGAGGACGAGCAGAACGGCAGCACGCUGAUCACCUUCGCCAUCCAGAACGCGGGGCUGCUGACAGGGUUCACCAUCAUGGUACUGCUCACCAUGUACUCUGGCCAGAUCCAGAUCGGGUAG